GCACACAACUCGGUGGUGGUAUGUUUCACACGUGGAAUUCUUAAAACCGUAGUUUUCGUGUCACUUCGGUGCAUUUUGUCCAGCAGUUGAGCACCAUCGUGACCCGAAAUGGCGGAUUUCCAGAAUGAGAGAGCUUUCCAAAAGCAGGAGACAGUUUUCCUAAACCGAAAAGCCACCUCAACGAGGAAAAUCAUCCCAACCAGACACGUCAGGUUCCACAAAAAUGUUGGUCUGGGAUUCAAGACCCCGCCGGAGGCCAUCAAGGGACACUACAUCGAUAAGAAAUGUCCUUUCACCGGAAACGUGAACAUCCGUGGACGGAUUCUGAAGGGUAUUGUCAUCAAAAUGAAGAUGCAGAGGACAAUUGUCAUCCGCCGAGACUACCUUCAUUUCGUCAAGAAAUACAACAGGUUCGAGCGUCGUCACCGCAACAUGUCGGUGCACCUCUCGCCGUGCUUCCGGGACGUGACCCUCGGGGAUACCGUGACAGUGGGUGAAUGCCGACCUCUGUCGAAGACCGUGAGGUUCAACGUGCUCAAGGUCACUAAGGCUCCUGGGAGCAAGAAACAGUUCCAGAGAAUGUAAUAUUCCGCUCGCGAGCUUGAAUAAAAAAUCUCUGUG